UGAAGAGCGCUUGGAGGAGGGAUUACUACUCAAGUGCAGGGAGGCAGACAAGGACCUCUUCUCGUCGUUCCAUCUUCCCCGGCCUUUUCUGAUAUGUAAUAUCUAGAGGGAUGCGAGGUACCGCGGUAGACAUGAACGUAAAGAGCUUUUUCCUGGUAGGAACACAAAUCUUGGAGGUCUGUGUUCCCGGAAGCACCCUGUUGGGGAGGGGACUGACUUCCGGCUCUGACUUCCCUGUCUUCCGAGUUUCGAGCUCCACCGCUUCCGCCCGGAGUUACCCUAGGCUCCGGCUCCCAGCAGCUACUUCCGCCAGGAGUCCCUAGCAGCUCGGUGUUGAAAACUCGCUCCAAAGCGGCCUCCUCUUUCUCCCUUCAGCCUGCCCCGCAGAGGCCGGGUCCCCAGGUGGCGGCGGCGGCUGCUGGGCCUGUCGCGGAGCGUUCUCUUCGCCCGAGACCUGGGCCGGCGGGCACCAGGAGUGCGAGAGGGACGCCCGGGCCUGGCCCAGCCCCAGCCCUCGUCUUCCCGCGGCCAGUGACGGUGACCGCAGGCCUCGCCGCGCCCACCCGAGCCUGGGGCGGGGCCCGGCCUCCCCGCCCCGUCCCCGCCCCUCGGGCCUGCCCCGAGCCGGGUCAUUCUCCUCCCCAGCCCUGCGGCGGUGUCUGCACCUCGGACCUCCGGGCCUCGGCAGUCCCGUGGCCCCGGCCGCGGGGGAACAUGGAGUUUGCGGAGCUGAUUAAGACCCCACGGGUGGACAAUGUGGUGCUGCACCGGCCUUUCUAUCCCGCCGUCGAAGGGACCUUGUGUCUGACUGGUCACCACCUGAUCCUGUCCUCCCGGCAGGACAACACGGAGGAGCUGUGGCUCCUCCAUUCAAACAUCGACGCCAUCGACAAGCGGUUUGUGGGACCACUGGGUACCAUCAUCAUAAAAUGUAAAGAUUUUCGAAUAAUUCAGUUGGAUAUUCCUGGAAUGGAAGAAUGUUUGAAUAUAGCCAGUUCCAUUGAGGCAUUGUCUACCCUGGACUCUAUCACUCUGAUGUACCCUUUCUUUUACCGGCCCAUGUUUGAAGUGAUAGAAGAUGGUUGGCAUUCUUUCCUUCCUGAGCAAGAGUUUGAACUCUACUCUUCAGCUACCAGUGAAUGGAGGUUAAGCUAUGUCAAUAAGGAAUUUGCUGUCUGCCCUUCUUACCCGCCAAUUGUCAUAGUUCCCAAAUACAUUGAUGAUGAAGCUCUUCGAAAGGUAGCUAUGUUUCGACAUGGAGGACGCUUCCCAGUACUCAGUUAUUAUCAUAAAAAAAAUGGAAUGGUAAUCAUGCGAAGUGGUCAGCCACUCACUGGCACAAAUGGGAGAAGGUGCAAAGAAGAUGAAAAGCUGAUAAAUGCUACCCUCAGGGCAGGAAAACGAGGCUACAUCAUUGACACCCGAUCUUUAAAUGUAGCUCAGCAAGCUAGAGCCAAAGGUGGCGGAUUUGAACAAGAAGCUCAUUAUCCCCAGUGGAGGCGGAUUCAUAAGUCCAUUGAGAGGUAUCACAUUCUUCAGGAGAGCUUAAUCAAACUCGUGGAAGCUUGUAAUGACCAAACACAUAACAUGGACCGAUGGCUCGGUAGAUUGGAGGCUUCGAACUGGCUGACUCACAUCAAAGAGAUUCUUACAACUGCUUGUCUAGCAGCUCAGUGCAUCGACAGGGAAGGGGCAUCCAUAUUGAUUCAUGGAACAGAAGGAACUGAUUCCACACUUCAGGUUACCUCCCUGGCCCAGAUCAUCUUGGAACCAAGAAGCAGGACCAUCCGUGGUUUUGAGGCCCUGAUAGAAAGAGAGUGGCUGCAGGCUGGCCACCCAUUCCAACAGCGCUGUGCACAGUCAGCCUAUUGUAAUAGUAAGCAGAAGUGGGAGUCACCUGUAUUUCUCCUCUUCUUGGACUGUGUGUGGCAGAUACUUCGUCAGUUUCCUUGUUCUUUUGAAUUUAAUGAGAAUUUCCUCAUCAUGCUCUUUGAGCAUGCAUAUGCCUCACAGUUUGGAACAUUCCUGGGCAACAAUGAAAGUGAAAGAUGUAAGUUGAAGUUGCAGCAGAAAACGAUGUCUCUGUGGUCCUGGGUCAAUCGGCCCAGUGAACUGAGGAAGUUCACCAAUCCUCUCUUUGAAGCCAACAAUCUCGUCAUCUGGCCUUCAGUUGCUCCACAGAGUCUUCAGCUAUGGGAAGGUAUUUUCCUACGUUGGAACAGAUCCUCCAAGUAUUUGGAUGAAGCCUAUGAAGAAAUGGUUAACAUCAUUGAAUAUAACAAGGAAUUACAAGCAAAAGUAAAUGUACUCAGGAGGCAGUUGGCGGAACUGGAAACUGAGGAUGGGACGCAGGAGAGUCCCUGAAAAAUCUCCCACAACCGACAUAAAUAAGGACCUUCCUGGACCUGAGUCCCAUCCCUCUCUCCUUUGGCCCUUCAGUUCACUUUUACACAGUAGCCUUGAACCUAAGGCUUUAGAUGUGAGAACCCUCUAAUGUAGUGGAUUUCUCAGUACUUUAUGAAUGAAAGUUACUGUAAUUACUCAUGUUUCAUGUGGCCUGUUAGGCCUCUUUACUUUGGGAGCAGAAAGGAGGUGCUAGUCAUUUUAUUUUAUGUGAAACAGGUGACCUAUUUAAUGCCAUUUGUGUUAUAUGCCAUUUAAUCUAAAUUUUUUUCUGUGUCUACUUUCCAAAACAGUGCUCCAGACCAGUCAAGGAUAUGAUUAAUCUCUUUAGGGAAUAUGUGUUAGUUUUAAAAAAGAUCAGACAUAAACACUCCAAAUACAGAAAUAUUUUUCAAAACUGAAAUGGUUGUUAAACCAAGAAUUUUGUGAUUAACAUGCUGUUUCCAAUACCUUUGCCCUUCUCUUUAAAGUAGCUUUGGAUUAACAGAGCUGAAUUCAUUCUCAUUCUGGUUUGUUAAGAAAGGAAAAUCUGAAUAUUUAUUCAAGGUAAAUAUUUUUACAAAGGUUAUAGGUAUAAUCCUUUGAUAUUUAGAUUAAGAAGUAAAUUUUAACAGUAGACAGUAAAAGUAUGUGCAAUAUAGAAAUAAAGUAGGAAUUUGUUACUGAUACGGUAUUGUUACUGUUGAAUUGGUUUUUAAGGUUUUUGACCAUACAUAUUAAAUGCAUAUCAAAUGCUGGAUAUCCCAUUAAACCAUCAUUUAGGAUAGAUGUUUGUUAUAAUUAAGCUACAAAUAUGGUUUCCUUAAACCAGAAAUGCACUGCCCUUGUCUGAAGUUCUUACUGCACUGUUUCAUGUAUGUAUGUGUGUUCAGUUUUAUUAUGUUUGUUUUAUUUUUAAGUAUUCUGAGAGUUUACUAAUCCUAAGCUUAAACCUUUCACGUUGGCUUGAACCUUUUGAAAAUUUAUCCUGACUGCUGAUUUGUUCAUUAUAUGUUGGGCAAAUCUAAUUGAAGUGGAGAUGAAAGUUGAUGAACAUGACACAGCUGUGUUUUAAACUGCAGAAACAGAUUGAAAUGUGUCAAUGUUAUGCCUGUAUUUAUGCUAUGCUUGUUUAGUCCUGCAACUCUACAAGUUUGUGGUUCAGUGCUUUCUAUAUACAUUUCUGUUUUGUGGCACUGUUCAUUUUAAUAAAUACUGUCAAUUCUAGUUUUCCAUUAAAAGGAUAGUGGAAGAGUAAAUGAUUAAUAACCAUUUCCACCCCCUCUGUAUAUAACCAUUUCAGUGUAAAGCACACCAAAACUGAACCCUGCUUUAGAGCUAUGUAUUGAGCUAAAAAUAAAAUUUUAAAAAUAUCUAGUCUAGCAUAAUCAAUGGCCACAUUCAGACACCUUAGAAAACAGCAAAUACUUUCUAUCUCCAGUUUCCCAAACUUUAUCUUUUUUCUGUUUCCUUGAACUGGUAGCAAAAGGCUUGGAGAACAGCAACACAUAUCAGAAUUCUCCUUUGGUAUAUUUGCCUGCCUUCUUCUCUAAGCUCAGAUUUAUUCUCGACUUAUUUUCUUGGCUAUAGUCAUGAGUCUUCAGGCAUUAGAGCCAUCACAAAGGGGCGCCUGGGUGGCUCAGUCAUUAAGCGUCUGCCUUCGGCUCAGGUCAUGAUCCCAGGGUCCUGGGAUCAAGCCCCACAUCGGGAUCCCUGCUCGUCAGGAAGCCUGCUUCUCCCUCUCCCACUGCCCCUGCUUGUGUUCCCUCUCUCGCUGUGUCUCUCUCUGUCAAAUACAUAAGUAAAAUCUUUAAAGAAAAAAAAAAGCCAUCACAAAAAGGCUACAGCAAGGAGCAAAGGAGAUCUUGCUGUCGAUACCUCCAUGUUGUGUGAAAUGUUUAUAUUAAUCUUUUAAAAGAGGAAAUACUCCAGCUUUUUUAUUACCCCUUAAAAUUACUUGCUGUAUUUGUUCAUGCAACUGAUCUUUUUAUUUGCUCCUAUUUUUGUCUCAAGAGUAGAUCUGAAGGAGCUCUUUUCUUCUCACUUAACGGACCCAUAAGGAAAACCAUUUGGAGUUUUGUUUUGUUUUUGUUUUUAGUGAUUCUUUAGAAGUGACUCCCACUGGUGACACUGAUUAGCCAUAGGGCUUCUGUAGGUGGGAGCUUCUAUUAGGCUCGGUCAUGGAGAAAGUGUAUGCCAUCAAUUUAUACCUGUCUUCCUGAUGAACGUUUUUAUGUGUGAGACAUAGUCCAAUAAUAGCAUAGUGUUUCUUUUUCUUUCUUUUUUUAUUGUUAUGUUAAUCACCAUCUUUUUCUUUCUUUUAUCGAGGCAGCGAUCUUAAGCUAUUUGGACAAGUUUGCAUUUUAGUAUUAAUUUAUAAUUAGGGAUUGUGCAAACCUCAGUUCUGUUUAAAGGUCAUAAAAACAAACUUUGAUAUCAGUGUAUUUUCAAAGGGAACAUCAAAUAAUGCAAAUAUCAGGGUUUUUCCCAAACUCAAGAACUGUGUCAGACGUGCAUUAUCAAUGUAACUUAAAGAGGGAUUUUAGUAAUAUUAUGAAGUUACCCAUUCCUUGGAUAAGAAGAAUACAUACAGUGGAUAUACUCAUGAGAAGAUACUUGUUAAACAUUAAGUUUGGAGAAUUAGCUUUGAUAAAUGUGGCUUUAAAAACUUGAAUGAAGGGAGUGGUGGCAGAAUUAGUGAGCAAGCGAAUUACCCCAUAGGAGCCAAUAAUAACCAAGUGAGAGAAAAUCAAAUUUAUAUAUAUUAAGCAUCGUAUGUAUUCAUUUAUAGUAAAGGCUGGUUUAUAUUUUGGGGAUGCAAAAGUAGGUCCUACAGAGAAUAAUCUAAAAAUACAAAAGAUUGCUACAGUCUUCUAUCGGCAGUACAAGGAUCCUUAGAUUUUAAAUUAACAAUUUUUUUUUUUUUUUAGAAACCACAAGAACAUAGUUGGUUGAGUUUAUUAAGAUUUUGGGGAAACUUUUUGGGUGGUUAAGACUUUUUCAGUAAUUGGUCAAAAUUUUUCAUUCUGGUUUUAUUAAAUGGGAAGAAAACAGCAGAAAGUUAAUAAAAUCUAAUAGAAUUAAAACAACCUAUAAAUAUAUUUUGUUUCUGAGAAAAAUUAGGCCUUUGAAACAAGAUUUUAAAGUGAUUUUUGGGAAACUUUGGAAGACAAUAGUCAUUUCAGAUCCCAUAUGGGUAAUUUAAAAGCUUUUCUUUGAACUCUGAGGCCUGACUUACAGAGGUGAUAUGUCAUUACUUUUCAUUUUAAAGGAUGAAAUUUAGUGAUAUUUUAGCUUUUGAGUAUUUAUAUUAACUUAAAAAAUCAGUAUCAUGGGAAAGAUCUGAUCAGUAGUUUGUCUCUUGAAGUGAAAAAUAGAAGGAAUGUUUUGCUGUACUUAAAAAAAAAAAAAUCUGCAGGGUGCCUGGGUGGCUCAGGUCAUGAUCUCAGGCUCCUGGGAUCGAGCCCCAUGUCGGGCUCCCUGCUCAGCGGGGAGCCUGCUUUUCCCUCUCCCUGC